AUGAAAUUGUCUAUAACGCGGCCGCUUUUCUUGAGUUUAAUAUUUAUUUUCACAUCUACUUUACAAAAUGUAGAAAGUGCCAAAAUUUUAGCAGUUUUUCCAUUUCCCGGUCCUUCACAAUAUAUUUUAGUACAACCGUAUUUAAAGGCUUUAGCUGCCAAAGGACAUGAGAUGACAGUGAUCAAUGCAUUUCCACAAAAGCAACAGUUUAAUAACUUUCGAGAUGUGCUGGUAAUGGAAGUUCAUGACAACUAUGCGGAGUUUAUUCAACAUGCCAAGGCAGUGCGUAACAAAUGGAAUGAGAUGACAUUUUUUGCCGGUUUUUUACUAAAUCUAACCGAAACAGUUAUAAAACAUCCCAAUGUUCAAACACUACUAAACACUGAAAAAUACGAUCUUGUCAUAAUAGAAACAGCCCAUACAGAUGCAUGGUAUGCAUUUGGCAGACAUUUUAAUGCACCCAUGGUUGGCCUCUCCUCCUUUGGCACUGAUCCCAUUAUUGAUGAGUUAAUGGGCAACAUGUCGCCACUCUCCUAUUCACCCUUAGUGACAGCCGGCUUAACGGAACACAUGACAUAUUUGGAGCGUUUAAGAAAUGCAAUUUUAUCAUUUAUGGAAUUGCUGCAUGUAAGAAUUCACCUAAUACCUAGACAAAAGAAAAUUCUGCGAACCUACUUGCCUCACAUUAAAGAUGAUAUCUGGGAUUUGAGAACAAAUUUCUCCAUAAUGUUGCUGAAUAAUCAUUUUAGCCUGAGCUUUCCACGGCCAUAUGUACCCAGUAUGGUGGAAGUGGGAGGUUUACCAGAAGAUAUUUUGAAUUUCAUUAAUAACUCCACGGAAGAUGUCAUAUACUUCUCCAUGGGCUCUAAUGUAAAAUCAAAGGAUUUUCCUGCAGAAAAAUUGCAAAUGCUAAAUGAGGUAUUUAGUUCAUUACCCUACAAAAUUAUGUGGAAAUUUGAAAAACCCACUCUGCCGGGAAAACCAAAGAAUGUCUUUAUUAAAUCCUGGUUUCCUCAACCAGAUGUUCUGGCUCAUCCUCGAGUUAAACUUUUCAUUUCGCAUGGUGGCCUGCUGAGUACUUCUGAGUCGGUAUACCAUGGUAAACCAAUGUUGGGUCUCCCUGUGUUCUACGAUCAACAAAUGAACAUCAAAAAAGGCAUACAAGCAGGUUUUGCACUGGGCAUCGAUUUCCAUACGCUGCCCCGUGAAGAGUUCAAGUCCAGUAUUUUGAAAAUGAUGAAUAAUCCAAAAUAUCUUAAUAAUGCUAAAACUAUAUCAAACAUUUUUCACGAUCAACCUAUGAAACCUUUAGAAUUGGCCAUCUAUUGGACGGAAUAUGUUUUAAGACAUAAGGGAGCGGUACAUUUGAAAAAUCCUGCUCAAUCGAUGAAUUUUAUACAAAAGCACAGCAUAGAUACGGUGGGAGUUUUAGUAGCAGCUGCUAUAUUGUGUAUAAUUUUAGUGUUCGUUGCUGUAUGGAAAAUUGUUAAACUAGUUUUACAGAAGAAGUCGUUGAAUAAAGAAAAAGUUAAUUGA